AUCUUUGUACUGUAUAAUCGUUGCGGACCAUACGUGUUUAUGGGUUUCUUGGUGGUUGACAGCUGUCAAUUGUGCAUAGGUUGGUAGUGAGUCACAGCAUUGGCAUUGGAUUUGACGAAGAUAACACAGUGCGACAGGUGAUUAAAUAGAAAAUAAUCUAAGCAACCACUUGCUUUUUGGCAUCCAACUUUUUUGCUGAUCAGCAGCAAGUAUAGCACAACAUCACCUACCCUUUGUACAGAUGUCCAGGUAUUUUUUCGACGUCACAGGGAUGGCAUCAAGCUCAGUUAGUCAGGAGGAUUUCGAUAAUGAUUUUGAAUUAACAUCAAGAAGAUCUAGAAUCCGAACUGCUAGAGCUCGAGUUGGACCACCUAGAACAGGAGAUACAGCUACUAUAACUUUUCAAAAAAGUGCACCAGAUUCGGAAGAAUCACAAGGUAUAUGCGAUUCCAGUUCAAAUAAUGUACUUCCACCAGAACACGAUAGUCAACAAAAUAAGCCCAUUAUGAGGAAACAGGACAAGCGUGUGACUGGCCGUGUCUUUAGUGUCGUAUCCUGUUUGCAUAGGCCAACGCAUAUAAACAAGGGAAAGCAGCAACGUGAUCGGCGGAAACUCAGAGAAAAAAGACGAAGUACUGGAGUUGUGCAUUUACCAUCGACAGAGAGUACAGGAGGAAGUACAGGAGAAGAUGAAGAAGAACUCAGUGGUACUUGUCUUGAAACAAAAAAUAAUACACAUCAUAAUGAGUUCCUUGAUCAUGAACUCAUUGAAGAACGGACUGUUAAAAUGUAUACGCAAAGGCGAAAUAAAAGUCAUUCAGAUUUAGAAGCAGACGAUGAAGAGUUUGACUCUUUAAACCAGUCAGACAGUGUCAACCAAUCUGACCACACAAAUCACGAGCCACAAACUUCAUUAAAUAUAACAAAUAGACGAUUACCCACACCUACGGGAGAUAAUCCACACGAACUAAUUGAACGUGCUCAAGAAGAGAACAGAAGGCUUUUAUCACUGUUGGAAGACCGUGAUCAUAAAAUAAUGGCACUAGAGGCUCGUAUUUUACAGCAACAACACGAAAUGGCAAUAGAACGAGAACGUCUUCGUGAAGAAAAUGCAGCACUGAUUCGGGCGAUGGCAGCUUUAGCAAGCAACUAAUUUUUGUUGUUGUCUGCAUGUUAAAUCCCAUUCAUUAUCUCGACCUUUCGAAUUAUUCUAGAAUUUACGCAUAAUUAAUAAACUAAAUAUAAUUCUCUCUAGUUUAUAAAGUAAUUAAAAAAAACAAAAAAAAAAACAAAAAAAAUAAUACAAAAAAACAAACAAAAACAUGAAAGAAAGAGUGACUUAAUGAUGUUAACUCUUUACAGAAGAGUGUACUUUGAAAUAUAAUUACGAAUUCUGUAUAUCGUCAGGGUAAGCCAUGAAACUAAAGAAGUAGAAAUCAGGAUAUAUUGUACAUUUUUUUUUUUGGCAGGAAACAAAAAGAAAAAAGUUACAGUUUGUUAGUUUCUCUUGUCAUAGACAUUCUCUUCUAUCUUGCUUAUAAUAUGGCAUAUAUUAUAAAUUCUAACGUAGACGUAAAGUCUUGUGCACUUUUAAUACUGUUUAUAUAUAUAUAUAUAUUUAUAUAUAUACAGUUUAUUUGAUAGAUUAUAAGAGACGAAUAUAUAUAUGUUUCUCUCCUCAUUUUGUUUAAUUACAUAUAUAGUUCCUUUAUGUAGCAAAUGUUUCAUCCUUCGUUCUUAGUUAUAGCUUUAAAAAAAGAAUUUAAACGAUGAACGCGCGGGUUCUGGCAAAAGGAACUACUAUUCUCUUAUGUAAAAGAAUGAGAGACUUUAUGAAAGGUGCUGCAAUUUUCGUUUAAUGUUAUAUACUAUUUUCUCUUUAAAAGAGUAUGUGAAAUUAAUAAUGAUUCACAUAUUUUAUGCGACUAAGAAACGUUGGUAAGUAUUAUGACGUAACGUUAAUUGUAAUGCACCAUAUGAAAUCUUUUAUACUAUAAAAGAUACCGGUUACGAUCUAUUUAGAUGUUUAUGUAAGUUUUCUACCUACGCGAAUGAACGUGAUUCAGAAUAUUUAUGGGUCGGUCGUUAAACUUUUCAAUAAAAAUUAUUAACUCUUCGGUUAAGCGUGUAAUUAUGAUUUAAUAAACAAAAAGAUAACAAAAAAAAAAUUAUUAAAGCAAGUUGUUCACACAAACACAACUUUUCUUUAUUAAUUAAACAAAAUUAAAGAAUGAUGGAACGCUUGACCGCUUGUGAUAAAGAAAAUGCUAUAUGAUAUAUAUAUAUAUCAAAAGCACUUUUCAAAAUGUCAGUUUAAAAAUUUAUGCGGAACGAUCAUCGAAUGUAUGUAUAUAUAUAUAUAAAAAAAAGAACAGCACAUAACUGACAAUUUUAUGUCGGCUACAAAGCAUUUAAAUAUAUUGUAUUAGGUAUCGGAAAGAGGAUUAAAGAAAUCGUAUUUGUUUAUAUUAAAUUACCUGAAAACAAUUUCGCGAUGUAUAUAAAAUACAGCUAUAUAUAUAUAUA